AGGUUUUUCAAGGAAACAGAGACCGGUACAACAAAGUGAGCCGCCCUUUUCCGGAUUCGGUGACGUCACGCUACAUCCGUCUGUACCCGACAGCAUAUGAAGGCUGGAUCGCCGUGGCGAUGGAGGUUUACGUUACAAAUGACGAAAACACAUGGCUGAGUCAAGAAGGGUACGUUUCUUUAGGGGUGGGACUUGAUCCCGAUGAUCCAGGUGCGGAUCCAAAGGUACCGGCAUACGCUUUGCACGCCUCAUCACUGGUUAACGACUCCUUUCCGCGUCUGGGACGUCUGAACAACGGGGAGGGGCGGCAGCAGGGAGCAUGCUGGUCUCCCGUACCGGACCUUGACACGGAACCGUGGCUACAGAUUCAGCAUGAUAUGCCAUACAUAGUUGUAGGUGUCAUCACCCAGGGGGCUUACAACCUGGACCACUGGGUGACGGCAUACAAGCUGGCGUUCCGAGUCCGUCUAGAUGUUCCAACAUGGGCUAUUUACACAAACAGUGAAGAUGAAGAAAUGGCCGUGUUGAUUUGA